AAGAUUUAAUGAUAUUCAUAAAACGUAAAAUUGCCGUUUCUUUUAUGAUUAUCAUUAAAUAAACGGCAACCCGCGGCGUCGCAUACCAUUAUGCUUUGAGCUGCUUCUAUAUUCAAAAUGGAGGAUUGUAGUACCAACAACAGUUCAUCCAGACGGAAAAAGAAAGAAGAUACACUUGCUCUUUUGCAAAAAUUGUUACCUCCCAAAGUCAAUAAACACAAAACUCCAAGAACGUUUGAAUAUAAACGAUCUUCGAAUACAGGCAAAAGGAUAUACAAACCGAAAGUUCAACCAAGAAAGAAAUAUAAAAAAACGACUGGAAACUUGCAAAUUUCAUCAACAAAAGACAUUCCGUUUGAUGAUGAAGAUGCUUUAAUAUAUGAAGCAGAAACUGAUGGAAAUAUAGAUUAUUUUGUUUCAAUGGAUAAUAAUAAAAAUUUGGUGAAAGAUAAUGCUGAACUUAAUUCUGUGCAUGAAUGUUUACAGACGUUAAAAAGACUUCUUCCUGCCCCAAAAAAGCGUCAUAGAAAGUCAUGGUUUCAUCGUGUAAUCACAACACAAAAUCAAUGGGCAAGGAUUCGUCCAGUGAUUAAGGAUGUAAUGCUAUCAAGGGAAGUCCCAAAAGGUGUUUGCAACAUAUGUCAGGAGCGAGAAGUAGUUAUCAAAUGCAACAUGUGUUUAGAAAGUUUCCUUUGUUACGUAUGUGAUGAUAUUAUUCACACAUCAAAUCCUGUGCAUGACAGAUCAUUCAUAAGCAAGGGAAUUACAACUACUUUAUCACCAUUAGAAAUUGUAGAUGACAACUUCGAAAUCGUGCAAACAGAAAGAUUCCCAAAAAUAAAGUGCUUCAGUUGUUCCAGUUGUGGCAGUAAAAACCUGGUAAAAAGAUGCAGUAAAGAUAUGUGUGCAGUGAUCAUUAUGCAUGGUGCAUAUCAGUCUUUCUAAUUCAAUAUAUAUAUAUAUAUUUCUCGCUUAACAUGACAGAUUACACACUCUAAGACAUUUGAGUCAUAAGAAAAUGUUUAGAGCAAAACUUCCAGUUAUUACCUGCAAUUUAAGAAAAAUUGUGUGACUAAAAAGUUGCGACUGGAAUCAGCAAUUUUUAUGAAUAAUUAAAGAGAUUCCUUAUUCAAUUUUAGGAAGGUUUGAUUUAUUCAAGUUUUCACAAUUC